GAGCUUCUCUUGCGGUAUGGUUAUAUCGACUCAGAUGAGUCAAACGCAAAUCCAAUAGAUGUGGAAAGUGACCCAAGAAAGUCUAAAUGGAGUGCAUACGAAGCGCAUAACGGGUCGCUAAUGGAUCCACCUAAGGAAUAUGUGUCUGGGCUGAAGCAGUUUCAACAGCGGUAUGGUCUUCCGGUAACAGGAGAGUUAGAUGCUACCACGUCCGCUUUGCUCACAGCUCCCAGAUGCGGGAAUCCUGACCAGCCAAUCUUCAAUCGAACACGCAUGCCUCAAUUUCACGUUCGACAAAGAACACCGGUUGGCGAAGCCAGUGCAUCUGAACGCCGGUUACGUCGAACAAAACGGUAUUUAAUUGGUGAUGAAAAAAUGAAAUGGACAAAGAAGAAACUGACUUGGCAGAUUCGAAACUAUCCGUCCCAUUCACUCUCCCGAGUUCGCACACACGCUGUGUUCCAGCACACCUUCAACAUGUGGUCCAAAGUGGUUGAUUUAGAUUUUGUCGAGGAGAAGGACUACUCAAAGUCACCGGACAUUGAGAUCAUUUUCGGUGCGGAAAAACACGGCGACUCAAUACCUUUUGACGGACCCGGUGGUGUACUAGCCCACGCGUUUUAUCCUACUCCUGAUGACGUAUACUCGUUUGCUGGGGAUGCACACUUUGAUGACGCCGAGACCUGGAACGAUGGACCUCAUAAAGGUGAGUUGAAAUUGCUGACGUCAAUGAUGCAUCAAUGCUUAAUUUGCGUGCUUGAAUCCAAUCUUCAUUGCCGAACUAUUUGCCUCCUCAUUUCUCUAAGUAUUUUAUGA